UAAGUUGGUUGAGUUCCGCCCAGUUCAGAAGCAACCUUCCUUUUGAGAAGCUUUUCGUAGCAACCCCCCAAAAACCACCCCCAAAUCAAAUCAAGAUGAAGUGCAUCAUUGUUGCCGUCGUUUUCGCGCUGGCCGUUGCCGCCGAAGGACAUGCCAUCAGCUCGUACGCCGUUCCGCUGGCCUACUCUGUCCCGCAGACCACGGUCAUCCAGCAGAACGUCGCCCCGAAGUACGUCGUGUCCGGCUAUGAGGCUUCUUCCUACGUAGCAUCCCCCUACCACUACCCUGCUGCCCAUAGCUAUGCCGUCCCGGCCGUAUCGUACGCCAGCCACGCCAGCCAUGCCGCCGUCCAUCCAGUGUCCUAUGCUGCCCCAGCCGUCGUACACGCUGCCCCGGUUCAUGUGGUCCAGAAGGAGGCUCGCUAUCUGGCCGCUAACCGUGGUGCCGUGCAUGAAGCUCCGCUGGCCGGACAUGCCGUCAACCAGCAGUCCCUGAACCUGGCCCCGGCCCCUGGAACUCUCUAAACGCUUGAUGCCACCAAUGAGUGAAGGUUUUUUUGCACAACCCACUCCGGUCAAUCUUGUCUA